CCAGCCACUGUGUCCUGCAGGUUUGCGACACAGCUUGCCAUGGGUGUCUUGCAGAGCGUCUGUCCGAGGCCCCCUUUUCCCCCUACCUGGCUCUUCCCCUUGGCUUCGCAGCUGGAAAAGCACGUCGUGCGUCUCCGGGAGGAGCUGGACCGGGAACGGGAAGAGCGCAACUAUUUCCAGCUGGAGCGCGACAAGAUUCACACCUUCUGGGAGAUCACCCGCCGGCAGCUGGAGGAGAGGAGAGCAGAGCUGCGGAACAAGGACCGGGAGAUGGAGGAGGCGGAGGAGCGGCAUCAAGUGGAGAUCAAGGUGGGAGGGGAGAAGGCUGGGAGGUGUUACGAGUGCCCCAAGCUCCGGGUGAGCCUCGGGCAGCUCUGAGGGGGAGAGGGAAGACGAGGAGGAGCUGGGCGGGAUGCGAGUCUCGGCCAAUAUCCCAGGAGCGGGAGGGAAUCCCUCGGGAUGCGGCUGACUCGGGAUUUGGUUGUCUGCCUCUAACGCGUAGCUUCUCCCUAACAGAAACAAGAGGAGGAGAUCACCCAGCUGUGCAACGACUUCGAGAGACAAGCGAAAGAGAUCGAGGCCAAGUACACCAAGAAGAUGCAAGUGCUGCGGGACGAGCUUGACUUGCGGAGGAAGACGGAGAUCCACGAGGUGGAGGAGAGGAAGAACAGCCAGAUCAGCGAGCUGAUGAGGAACCACGAGAAGGCCUUCAGUGACAUCAAGAACUACUACAAUGAUAUCACCCUCAAAAACCUGGCGCUCAUCAGCCUGCUGAAGGAGCAGGCGGAGGAGAUGAAGAAGAGGGAGAAUCACUUGGAAAAGGAGAAGGCGGAUGUGCUGCUCCAGAACAAGCAGCUGAAGGAGCCCCUGCAGCAGGCCCAGGAGCAGGUGUCCGAGCUGCAGAAGAAGUUGGCCCACUACGACAAGGACAAGGAGGCCCUGACGAACGCGAAAGCCCGUUUGAAAGUCACCCAGAAGGAGCUGAAGGAUCUUCAGUGGGAACACGAGGUGCUGGAGCAGAGGUUCAGUAAGGUGAGAGCUGCAGUGGGUCUGGGCAUCCCACUGCCCUCUCCAAACCCUGUCGCCUCCGCAGAGGGCUGGGCACGGGCCAUCGGCAGGGGCUGCCCGGGCUGUGCUUAG